AAUUUAAAAAGCUUUAUUCUCCUCUGUUUGUCGUCUUCAGAAGGUUGAAGCGCUGAUGUCCAUCUCCGACGACGAGAGCGGGAACUGUGACAAUCACCGAUCGCAAUGCGCUUUCAUACCAUUACCAGCCUAUCAACAACAUUCACCACCAUCUUCACAAUCCUAACCUUCAAUCAUGUCCUCCCAGUCCAAGCAAAGCCCCAACAGCAACCCUCAAAAGCCAGCAUCUUCCACGUCCGCCACAUCGACAACCUCAAUCUAAAUACCCACCUCCCCAAACCCACACCUCCCGCCAAGUUUCUCCUCCAACAUGCCAAAGAACCCAUCACCAUCACCAUCUCAACCAUAACCAUAACCAUCACCGCAACCACAACCCCUUCAAACACCCCGGCUUCUUCCUCCGCCCCUUCCUUCCUGAACCCUGCCCUCUUCACCUCCGCCCUCCUCAACUCCACCAACUUUUAUCGUGCUCAACACAACGCCUCUGCAGUCAUCUACAACGACACCCUCUCUUCUUUUGCUUCCCACUACCUCGACAAACUUGGUCUCCCUUCUUCUUCUUCUUCUUCUUCUUCCUCCUCCUCCAAAUCGAAAUCAAAAUCCAGUUCCACCACCACCAAAUGCGAACUAACCCACUCCCAUGGUCCCUACGGCGAGAACCUCGCUCUAGGUUGUUCCGACGUCCAAUCCUGCGUGGAGAUGUGGGGAGACGAGCGAGCCAAGUAUGAUUUUGGGAGCCAGGCAAAGUUUGGGGAAGAUACGGGUCAUUUUACCCAGUUGGUGUGGAAGGAUACGACUGAUGUAGGGUGCGCGGCGAGGUGGUGCCAGGGGUGGAAUGCGGGAAGGGGAGGAUGGUAUUUGGUUUGUGAGUAUUGGCCGAGGGGAAAUGUGGUGGGGGAGUUUGGGAGUAUGGUGCAGAGGAGGGUUGCGGGUAAUGGGGGUGGAAGUAGAGUGGAGGCUGAGUGGAGGGUGAUGGUGGGAGUGGUGGUGGUGGGGGGGUGGAUGGUUUUUGGAUGA